AUGGUCUUCACUUGGAUCCUCAACACCAUUACUCCCCCUCUAGCAAAUUCUCUGGACUAUCAUGAUGACCUUGAAUCUCGUUUUUGCCACGGCAAUAAUGCCUGCUUCUUUCAUCUCAAAAGUGAAAUAUCCAACCUCCAUCAAAAUCAUUCAUCCAUACCGGAUUAUUACAAUCACAUCAAGCAAUUGUGGGAUGAACUGGGCAUUAUACAAACACCAGCAGAUGCCACCACUUUGGAGAAGAGAGCUGAGGACGAGCGGGUGUUCCAAUUUCUCUUGGGACUCAACGAUUCAUUCACUGCUCUUCGAUCCCAGAUUCUUGCCACUGAUCCUCUCCCAUCCCUGAACAAAGUAUUCUCCAUCCUCUUUCAAGAAGAACAGCAGAGACUUCUUCAUGUCUCACGCACUCCAUCGAAAAAUGUAGCUCUCGCUGGUCGGAGUUCUCAUCCUGACCGGCCACCUCUCAAGUGCACCGAAUGUGGGAAAGAUGGGCAUUUGCGUAACCGUUGCUGGCUGAUAAUUGGUUAUCCCCUGGACGCGAACCCCGUAACCACCGGAAGCCAUCACUGCUCGGAAAACCUCCUUCCGCAACCAUUUUCCUCGCCGAAACUUCCUCCAGUCCAGUGCCAGGGCUCUCGCUAG